CAAAAAAAACCACCGGCCGAGCGAAGUUUAAAGGCUUCCCGCGGCGUCUGAAUUUGCAAAGCAAGCAACCCGCCGGCGGUGGGUGGGGUGUUUAUGCCGCUUUGUCGUCGUUCCUUGCAAAAGCGGCUGAGCCUCCGGAGGGUUUUGUGUGUGUGGCUUUAAAGGGGCGGAAAUUUCCUCCCUCGCAAAGUGAAAAAGGCAAAAAUAGAAGCAGUUCUAACCUGGGAAACCUGUUCAGGCUUUCUUCAAUUGACCAACAUGGCUUCAGUACGGGAAGUGUCCAGUUUCACCGAGGACCUCCUGUGCCCCAUUUGCCUCUCCCUCUUUCGGGAGCCCCGCAUGCUAAAGUGCGGCCACAGCUUCUGCGCUCCCUGUCUGGAGCCCUGCAUCCCCAAAGGGCAAAGACGGGGCCUCUGCCCCGAGUGCCGCCAACCCUUCACUUUACGCUGCAUAACGAUCAACCGAGUCCUCUGCAGCUUGGUCGAGAAGGCCCGCCUUCUGAAGCUGGAUGAAGGGACUCAGCUGAGUGGCACCGGAGGCUGGUUCUUCUGUGAGGAACACGAGGAGCCUCUCAAGCUCUUCUGCAGCCAAGAUGAGGAGCCCGUUUGCGUCAUCUGCCGGGACUUGCCUCAGCACCGGGGACAUGACUUCCUGCCCAUCAAAAACGCGGUUCAGACUUAUCAGGAACAGCUGAAGGCAUCUCUGAAGUCUCUUGAGGAAGGUCUCACGCGGUUGAAAAGGAGCCAGUGCCACCAGCAGGAGAACAUUAUCGAAUUAAAGACCUGCUCCAAAUCCUUGUCUGAUCAUAUCUCUGGAGAGUUUGUGAAGAUGCACCAGCUGCUGAACGACAGAGAGCUGGCUAUAAAACAGGCCUUAGAAAACCAGCGAGAAAAGAACUUGGCUCAGAUGGAAAUCAAGUUAAAGGAACUGGACUACAAGAUGGCUUCACAUUCAGAAACUGUGUGCCGUGUACAGGCCAGCCUUGAAUGCAAAGACCACAUUAGUUUCCUUAAGGAGGCAAAAGAGUUGCUAGAGAGGGUCCGUAAGGAACAAGGAGCUCCGGAUGAACGCGAACUAGAUGCUGCACUGGUAGGAGAAGAUGGGCUGGAGGCCAGCAGUGAAGACACAGAUGAGUAUGAGAAUGAGACUGAUGAAGAUUUUGAUGAGGAAGAAGAUGAAGAAGAGACAGCAGAGGAAGAAGAAAAGGAAAAGGAAGAGGAUGAAGAUGGAGUGGUGGCUGUAGAUUUGAACCUGGGCGAGUUUAAAGGACCUCUGCAAUUCUAUGUCUGGAAGAAGCUGCUGGGUGAGCUACAUCCAGUCCCUGCAAGCAUCAUUUUGGACCCCAACUCAGCUCAUCCCAGGCUGGUCCUCAUGGAAGAAGACACCAAAGUACAGUUCAAUCUUAACCGACGGUUCUGGCUAGAAAACCUUCCGGAGACCUUCACUUACACACCGUGUGUGGUGGGACAGAAGGGCAUUACCACUGGCCGCUUCUACUGGGAGAUCGAUGUCGGGGACAGCACCGAUUGGAUAGUGGGGAUGGCCAAAAAGUCUGUGAAGCGCAAGAAGCAGCUGAACUUUCUGCCCAAGGAAGGGGUGUGGGCUAUUGAGCUGAAGGCGGGAGAGUACCAAGCUUUGAGUGAGCCCCGUACGCCCCUCUCAGUCUGCGGGAAGAUGGAGAAAGUUGGGAUCUACUUGGACUUUGAAGGGGGGCAGCUCUCUUUUUACAACAGCAGCAUGACCCACCUCUACACCUUCCAAGCAUGCUUCCAUGAAGAGAUGCUCCCCUUUCUCAGCACUCAAAGCAGCUACCCCCUCUCGGUGUAGGACUUGGAGCUUUGAGAUCUUAGCUCAUGGUGUAGCAUUGCAGAGAACAGCCUGGUGAAAGUUGAAAACAUUGAGAUGCAUUAAGUCCAUGCUAUUCCCUCUUUGCAAGCAAUCGCUCAAAGAUUCGAAACUGGUCUGACCUGACUAUUGUGGUCCAUGAUGGUUGUUCUAGGUGCAGAGACUGCUAUAAGUGUAGCUUUCAAGUUGACCUUCUAUUUCCCACAUGCUUAAUUUCCUUGACCCAUUGACCGUAGUGAGGCUAGAGGUUGCCUCUGUCCACCUGUGGUGCAAGAUUUUUUACCUGCUUUCAAUGCAUUUCACUGCAGGCAAAAACAAUGAAGGCAAGCCAUAUUUUCUGCCCUUGGUUGGGAAGGCCUUAGUAGAGAUGUUCAAAUAUUCCAAUACUUAGUUGUGUUUGUAUCUGUAACAAGUGAUGAUUUUCCUCAUCACCCUAUAAUGCUGUAGGGCAUUCCACAUCAAAACAACUAGACACAAGGACAAUUGUUUCUCCCCCCACCCCUCAAUGCCAUCAUCAUGCUAAACAACUAAUUCCCACAACACUGUCUUAUGCCCUGGGAUCCCAAACCACCCAGUAGGACUGUAUUACUAUUAUCCUUCUCAUCUUUCCCAUUUCCUAUUCCUUUAGCAUCUUAUGACUCUAACUUUGUUGUUUAUAUCUCAUGGUUUAUACUGACUUCAGGAAAGAAGUUCAUGCUGAAAAUGAUCUUCAGUGACAUGUUCCACUUCGUGAUCUUGUAUAUUGUCAGGCAGUGGUUCUCAAUCUUUUCUUCACCACAGACUGCCUUUAAAUACCUUUUGUGGCCACAGAUCCCCAAGAUUUAACUCAAGAUUGAAAUCAUAACAUUUCUUCAAGCCUUCACAGACCACCUGUGAUAUAGUUUGGUGCUCUGCAGUUGCUAAGAAAAUUCUCAAUGAUGUCCUUAAAUGCUUUUCAGGCCAUGUUCUUCACUAACCUUCUAGCUUCACUAACCUUCUAGCUUCACUAACCAAUUUUUGAACUGCUUGUCAUUGAUGAGGUAUCUUAAUAAAUAAUAAAUCUCUCAUCUGAUCUGUGGACCAACUAAACUGCCUUCCUUAACUUCAGCAUCAAUUACUUUUGGAAACCUCUGUCUCAACCAAGAAAAACUUUCACCUUAUCACUUUCACAAAAUGUUUUAUCAAUCUGAUUUUUAUGUGGAGACAAAAAUAACUUUUUCAGGUCAACAAGUGCCAUGUCACUGGAGAUUCUCGGUCAUGCAGGUCACGGUUGUCCCAGAGGUGGUUUUUCAAGAGGCUGUUGAAAAAGUUGAGAGAGGGCGGAUACAUUUUGGAGAGAGAGGACCACUGCUCAAAAGAGUACUGAAAGAGGCCAUCUAUGUCAAACUUGAACAGCCCUCCCUCAACAGACCUAGGCUUACUGAGUCAGUACAAGACACAAUUAGUCCCAAACAAACCUAUUUUAUUGUAACAGCUGAGAAUUACGUUCAUUCCCAGCUGAGUCCCAAUUAAUUGCAAAGCAAGUCCUUCGGAAGAAGUCCUUCAGGAUAAUCACCAACCUUUAUCUUAUCUACAAUGCAGUCCUUUCAACAGUUCCAAGAAGGCUCCACAUCCAUUUGCACCACUCAGGUGACCCUGAGGACACAGACAAACCUCCAAGUGCUUCAAAGACCCUCUAAAACAGUGGUUCUCAACCUUCCUAAUACCACGACCCUUUAAUACAGUUCCUCAUGUGGUGACCCCCAACCAUAAAAUUAUUCCUGAAACCAUUGAAAAUAUGUGUUUUCCCAUGGUCUUAGGCGACCCCUGUGAAAGGGUCGUUCGAUCCCCAAAGGGGUCCCGACCCACAGGUUGAGAACCACUGCUCUAAAAGAAUGCAAAUGACCAGCUGUCUACAAGGAAUAGAAAUCCUUCCAUUCCCCUCCAUCCAGUCAGAGCUGAAGAAGCGAAAAGUCUUCAAAGAAAAAACAGCCUGGUAGCCUCUUGAAAAAGCACCUUUGGGACAACAAGUGCCAUGUUUUUUCUGUCCUGGAACCAAAUUAUUUUGGAGUGGCCAUUUCUUUUUAAUGUAAUGCAGCUCUCCUGCAUAGCUGUCCCAUUUGCAUGUAUGACGUAUUUGGCCUAUCUCAGCUGCCUCUAUUUCUGGAUCUCAACAGAUAUUCCAAUUGUGCUUGAUAUGCCAGAUGUGUUUUAAGAACAGUUCUAUAUUUUUAUGUUUCUUUUGUGUGUGCAGCACAGACCACAGAUCAUGAAGAGUAUAUGAUGUCAUUAUAUAACAACAGAAUAUUUCUACAAAGCAAUAUGUGAUAGGUUACAGGGUUUUUUUCCUGAUUAACAGCCAGAAAGAAAGUGCAGCAUGAAAAAUUUGGCAGUCAAAGUAUGUAAUUAGAUAAUAGAUAUUUCCAAUAUAUACGAAUUGAAGCAGUAGAGUCAGCGACAUAAACAUUAAAAACUGAUAGAGAAAAAAAAACCCAGAACUCUUAGAUUUGGGUUUUCCCAGAUGUGCCAGUAUAACUGUUCUAAUAAAUGGAACUUUGAAAAA